CCAGAACACAUCCUGCGUCGACUUGAUUUUGGGCACGCUCAGCACGUGAUCGAAGUUCAUUGCUAAGAGUUCUAAUAUGACGUCAAUGACGCGUUGCCGCGAACGUAUACGAAAAUGUCUGAAUCAUUGGCCGCAUUUCGCAACCAUCAGAGCAGCAGUGAUCUCCGCCAGCUCGCGGAGGAGCACCUGCAGCAUGACUUGAAUCAACAAGAUCGUGAUCUUCUGAAGAGUGCGGGCAGCAAGGUGUCGACUCAUGCAAUGGCUGCAUCUUUGGCUGGAUUGGGCCUUGGAGUUUACUUUGCCUUUCGAUUGAGAACCAUGAGGCUGGCGUAUUUCAAUGCCUUCAAAGCAAUGGAGAAACCUGUGGAGGUGCGAUUUGCGGACGGACGUACAGAACCCAUCCCAGAUAUUUCAGCCAAACUCGCGCCCUCAAAAUGGAGCGAUGCAGCGACAUACUUCUUCUUCUCCGUUGGCGGACUCUUCCUUGGUGGAGAAAUCGGCUUGCUGACCGGUACGGCCUCGGCAUCCAGCACCAUAACGAAGGAUCCCGCGUCAAGAGAGAGGAUCGAGAAGGCAUUCAAGAACUACAGGAUAGAUGUAAUGAAGCGAGAGAUACAACAGCUAGAAGGAAAAAGCCGAUUCGAGGAGUUCUUCAGCUCAUCCUAGUUUGCCAGGAAAUACGGGAAGUCGCUAGGCAUGAUCGAAUACUAUACACCAGAAUCUACGAUACAUAUUGUUGGUAGCCUUGCAGUCAAAGCAUGUAACCCGACUGAUCUUUGAUGGCUUUGUUUCUAAUGUUUUUGUCGACUCAGAAAGUCUUGGUAUCCGGUCUAGCCGGCAGCCUGAAACUAUAAGAGGCUGGGACCCACAAAUACGUAUGAACUAAAGCCUGGCGAGUGAUGGACCUUGCGACGCUCAUG